CACACACAUACACCAACAUACACCAACACACACACACACAUACCCCAACACACACACAUACACACACAAAGUACACACACCCACACGCACGCACUCUGACACAUGCGUGCACGAUAGUCGUCGUCGCUUGCGGCUCCGUCAUUCCUGUCUGUCCACACUUCGGGGACUCCGAGGGAACGCGGACUGACUCCGCACAGUCGGCAGACGGACAGACGGGAGAGCUGACAGACAGCAUGGAGACCAUCUCAGAGUUCCUGUCUGACAGCCAAGCGAGGGAGAAGUUGAUGAGCAGGACGGCGCAGUACGCGUGCACCCUCGCGAGCCACGUGAACGAGCGCACUUGGCGCCGGCCCGAGGCGUCUGACAAACUCAAGGCCCUGAUGUCCCACCUGAAGCUGAGCCGCAAACUGCUGCGCCUUGGCAGGAGCGUGAACAGCCUGCACGCCCUGCGCCUCUCGGCCCGUCUCUCCAACCCCGUGCUGCGCCUCUGUCUAAGCUCCGUGCACGCCACGAGGGCCCUGUACUUCGUGUGCGAUAACCUGCUGUGGGCUUGGAAGGUUCGUCUGGCCCCCCACCUCGACUCCCAGCGCUGGGGGGCACAAGCAGCACGCUGUUACCUGCUUUCGCUCAUCGCCUGCUUGCUGCGGGACCUCUACGAAAUCAUCACCGUCAUCAUCGACAACAACGAUGAGACGGCCGGUCGAAACGUGCAGACACCUGCCGCCCAGCGGCCAGAAACGACCGAUGUAUGGGGACGCGUCAAGGGCCUCCCCCAGACGAAGACGACGAUGACAAGGAAGGGCAUUGGUCUUUGGGGAGAGUUGAGACGUCGGCCGGAGCUGUGGGUGGACCUGGCGAAGAACGUGCUGGACCUGCCGAGUCCGCUCGAUAGGCUGGGCGUUCUCCGAGUUGACGAGGGCAUCAUCGGAUUGUGCGGUCUCGCGUCCUCCAUCCUGGGACUCGUGCAGUUGAUGCAGCCCGGGCUGAAGCUGCGGCCGUGACAGGGAACGCGAGCGAGCACACGGUGUGCACAGAGGCACACAGCGCCACCCUGGCAGCCUUCUGUGCUUCAGGCAGAUGGAAUCCCGCAUGGCAUGUGCGAUUAUUCAGAAAGGUAAUCAUGGUGGUAAUCACCAACACGUGACGUGGUCAGAGAGUAUAUACAGAGGAGGUGCUAUCGUAUGACUCUUUACAAAUGACUCGUGAGUGGUGGCCGGGUGGCACGGAGAUCAGAGGGCCGAGCUGGCAUCGCCGAGAUCUUGGGUUCAAAUUUGCAGUCGCUUGCAGAGGUGGGACAAAGUCAUUGUUAUGCAAGUCCAAGUCGAGUCUGAAGUCAUCAAAUUCAUGACUCGAGUCUGACUCGAGUCCAAGUCACAUGACUCGAGUCCACACCUCAGAGGUGGGACAAAGUCAUUGUUAUGCAAGUCCAAGUCGAGUCUGAAGUCAUCAAAUUCAUGACUCGAGUCUGACUCGAGUCCAAGUCACAUGACUCGAGUCCACACCUCUGGUCGCUUGUGAUGAAACUGGCUUCAAGUAUAAUGAGUUGGUGUCUCAGCCCAGACCCUAAUGACUACACCAAACAACCCAUCAAAUACAAAUUUCGUGCUGCACUUAAUUUGGCUCAGCUCUAUCAUUCGUUGAACAGUUCUCUCAGGAGCCGUGUGGAUGGGAAAGUGUCGCAGCCUACGGCGUGUACCAGAGGUAAAUUUUCACGUAUUCAGUAGUAGUCCUGUGAUACCUUACAUUGUGGGAUGUUCUCAAAUACAAAGAGCUGCACACAGCUCUCAAAGAGUUCCAUUUGGAUGCUUUUUCUCGUGACAUGAUGCCGACUGCAAAAUCUGGCUGAAAUUGUGGGGGAAAAAAUCUGAAAGUGUGGGCAGCGGUGGCUCUGUACGUGGACUGUAAUCCAGCAGUGUGGAAUAGAGCAAGUGGACGUAUUCCCAUCCGUUUCCAUCUGUACGGUGAUUGUGUUGCCCCAUGACAUGCAUGAGUUUUCUCCAGUUUCCCUCCACUUGCAUAAACUAAUUGACUGAAAACAUCUUAAAAUAAACCCAAUGUGGCUGCAAAAAACUCCUGAAAAAUAACUUAGCGUGGCUUUUUUUGGAUAAAUAAUGCUUAGUACAUCUGAAAAUGUGCUUUAAUGCGUAUACAAAUGCCACCAGGCCAAUAAACACAGAAUGUCCAAUGUAUAUGUAUAUAUAUUUUUUUAUUAAUGCAAUAUACCAUAUUGUACAAGUAACAGUAAUGAAAAUGCCAGACAAAAAAGCUGUCACAUCGCUGGUAACAAAAUCAACACGUGCUACUCAACUACGUACUUUUUGCACAACCAUGAACAGAAUCCACGAGUUUAAUUUUUUUUAAAAGCUCUCAUUUUUUUUUUCACCAAGCAAAUAAAUUAAGGUAGCGAUUGAAAGUCCGUAUAAAAGUCAGUGGAAAAAAAGGCGCGCACAAUCCGCUUUUUUUUUGCGCCAGGACAAGAAAGUAAGGCAGUAGUUGG